AUGGCUGAAUUCUUGAGUUGGAUAGAUGAUAUGGAGUUACAUGACCCUCAUUUAAAUGGUGGGAUCUUUACCUGGUACAGAGGGGUUGACCACUACAGUGUUGCAAGACAGGACAGGUUUCUCUAUUCAAUUGAGUGGGAAGUACAAAUUAGAAACAUAAGGCAACAAAUUAUGCCUAGAGUUAUAUCUUAUCACAACCCAAUUAUGCUACAAUGUGGUGAUUGGAAACAAAGGAAGGCUUAUUUCAAAUUUGAGAACUGGUGGCUUAAUGUAGAAGGUUUCAAAGAUCUAGUCCAGAACUGGUGGAAUGAUUUUGUUGUGGAAGGAUGCCCAGAUUUCAAAUUCAGUAUGAAGCUAAAGAUGCUAAAACAAAAACUUAAAGAUUGGAGCAGUGUAACUUUCGAGGAACUUAACAACAAGAAGAACACCUUGUUAAGUGAGCUAGUUGAGACGGAUCUGAUCCAGAAUGAUAGGGUGCUGACAGAGGAUGAGAUGAUGAUUAGAGCAACAGUUCUAGUCGAGCUAGAAGAAUUAGCGAAGAAUAAAGAGUCCAGGUGGAGACAGAAGUCCAGAGUGUUAUGGUUGAAACAAGGUGAUGAUAAUACCAAGUUCUUUCAAAGAGUAGCAACAGCUCAUAGGAGGUGCAACACCAUCGAUAGGCUGAUUAUCAAUGGGUAG